UAUAUUGUUUUCAAUUAUAUAUUUCUUUUUUUCUUUUCACUUUUAACAUGUAUUGUCAUGUGAUCUAUCAAUCAAGUGAUCUCUGUUUGUAAUGUGACCUACUUGAUUGACCUGCUUUGAAAGAGUGGCAGCCAUUUUUGAGUGGCUCUGUUGAAGGCCAGUUUAGCCGAAACGCGUAGGCAUGUUUAAGCAGCUAAAUAAGAAAAUACAUUUUUAUAUGCAUCCUUCUUGAGUGCCUCGGAUUUGUCUUUAUCUUAAUUUUUUAAUAAAUCUGGAAUCCCUGCGCCGAAGAGCACCAUAAAGGAGUUACACCCUGUAGCACUCCAAACAGAACUGUUUUUUCCACUUUUUCAUCAUAUCAUUUCCUCGAAAGAGGGCUGUGUCAACUUGUCUGACUUUGCAAUGUGGGCAUGUUUGAGUAAAAAAUAUUCCUAAGUUGGUUGAAAACAUUUCCUUGGAAGAGGGCUGUGUCAACUUGUCUGACUUUGAAAUGUGGGCGGGUUUGAGUAAAAAAUCUUCCAACUGUUGGUUGAAAGCAUUUCUUCGAAAGUGGGUCGCUCCAUCAUGUAAGACCUCAAAUGUCCAAUCACGAGAGCAUGUCUGAAGAUGUGUGUGUGUUUGGGUCACUCAUUUGUAUGUGAGCGCGUACUGGUGUGAGGUGAAAACAGACAUUUUGGUCUCAUUGGCUGUGAAGCUGCCAGUGUCCUGCACCACCAUAUUAACUUCACACACAACUUCAGAUUCUUUCUCAUUGGUUAUUGCGGUCUGUCACAAGUCUGAACAAGUCAGUGUUUAGUGACAACACCCACCCUAUGCUUGGGAAACUUGAGACUUUUCUCACUGACCAAAUGCAUUCCUAUUCUCCAGGGUCUCUGUUUGAGGAUAUCCACUACAUGAGGUGAUCAUUUUGCUGUCACUUUCCAUGAGGAGGUGAUCAUUUGCUGUGUUUUUCCUGAACUGGAUUUAUUUCUUCGUAAUGGAGGUGGACCAUCUGGAGGACAACUGCACGGCCCAGAACAAGCCCCUCUAUGUGUUCUACUCCACGGUGUUGUUUGGGGAGUUCAUCUUAGCUCUCCCCCUCAACGCGUCGGUCAUCUAUCUCUUCAUCUUCAAGCUCAAGUUCUGGAAGACCAACGCCAGCAACAUCUUCCUCUUUAACCUGGUGCUGGCGGACAUCUUGCUCCUCUUCUGCCUGCCCGUGCGCGCCUACAACUUCCAGCAGGGCAAGAGGCGCAGCGAGAACGAGGUGGUCUUCCGUGCCUUGCUCUUCAUCCUCUUCCUCAACCGAGGUGCCAGCAUCGUCUUCCUCACCGUUGUCUCAGCGUACCGCUACUUGAAAGUGGUCCAUGCUGGUCGCAACUGCACGCGGGAGAUCCACAAGCACUCGCCGCUCAUCGCCGGGCUCAUCUGGCUGGUCCUGCUGCCGCUGACCAUCCCCAUGAUGCUGCGUCCGCUGAGUAAGAGCCUGUGCAGCGACGAGGACAAUGUUGUGGACGUCUUCCGUGAGAUCGUGUUCUUCACGGAGAACCUCGUGCCGUUCGUCAUCCUCGUCCUGUGCACGGUGGGCAUCACCACGCGGCUCCGCCAGAACACGGUGGGCGACCAGACCAUGCUGCGGCGGGCGUCGUUCCUAGUCGCGUCCGUCAUACUGGUCUUCUCACUCUGCUUCCUGCCCUGCACCAUCUCGCGCAUGGUGCUCCUGGUGGUCAGCCGAGGGUCCGAGUUCUCCCCGGAGGCCAAGGACGUCGCGCUGCAGGUCUACGAUGGCCUCAAGUGUCUGGAGUACCUGGAGCUCCUGCUGGACCCCAUAGUCUACUGCCUGAGCAGCACCAAGUUCAAAAGCCUUUACAUGGAGACCUACUUGCCUUUUCUGCUGACUAAAAACAAACAGGACUCGUCAAACGUGCCCGCCGCCAGGCAAGCACAGGCACUCCAGGAAGAACCGACUGAGGAAUCCGAUGACGUCUAAUACACAAGAAUACUUUCAGUGUUAUGGUCUACAGGGUAACAAAAACUAAGAUUUAUAUAUUUAAAUUCCAUUGGCAUACUGUCUAUAGUGGGUGAGAAGUUGCUUACACUCCUACACAUGUUGUUUUUGCAACAAAUAAAUGUUUCGUUAUUGGUUGAUACUUGUGGGACCGUGUUGAAAGGUAGUCUGAAGUAGACAGUCUGCAAUUGCCUAAACAGGGAUAUUUCACGUUUCUUUUGUAUGGACAACCUUCCUCGACCCAAUACACCCCUAUCCUCUCUUCUAACCACCAUCACCAGCACAAUGUUAGCUGUAGAUGAUAUCACAGAAGCCAGUUUGUGGCAAAUGUUUUUCAUAUUCACAUAGUUAUAUAAAAGUCUUGUUCUAAAUGAUGAGAUGAUAAAAAAGAAAAAUUCUGAUAUGAAAAUGUUUGUGUAUUUUGCUAAACGGUUAUGCUUCAUAACAUGGUGUAUAUUGAUUUCAAUUAUAUACUUUUUUCCUUUUCACUUUUAACAUGUAUUGUCAUGUGAUCUAUCAAUCAAGUGAUCUCUGUCAUGUGACCUACUUGAUUGACCUGCUUUGAAAGAGUGGCAGCCGUUUUUGAGUGGCUCUGUUGAAGGCCAGUUUGGCCGAAACGCGUAGGCAUGUUUAAGCAGCCAAAUAAGAAAAUAAAUUUUUAGCAUCCUUCUUGAUCCUCGAUUUGUCUUAAUUUUUGAAUAAAUCUGGAAUCCCUG